GAGUCUCGCUCUGUCGUCCAGGAUGGAGUGCAGUGGCACGAUCUCAGCUCAUUGCAACCUCCACCUCCCGGGUUCAAGCAAUUCUGCUGCCUCAGCCUCUCGAGUAAGUGGGAUUACAGGCACAUGCCACCAUGCCCGGCUAAUUUUUGUAUUUUUAGGAGAGACAGGGUUUCACCAUACUGGCCAUUGCUGGUCUCGAACUCCUGACCUCAUGAUCCACCCGCCUAGGCCUCCCAAAGUGCUGGGAUUGACAGUGGCAUUUAAAUAGAGACCUUUUAGAAAAGUGGGAGAGUAGAAAAAUAAAUAAUAAAUACACAAACAGAGACCUAUAAAGGAUGAACAGUGAACUGGGUGGAGAAGUGAGAUAGGCGUAGGGAGGAUAGCCCUCAAGCAGAGGGAACAGGGUAGAAAUCAAUCAUGCAACACCAAAUUCAAGCAGUGAGGAUAGAGGGGACAGCCAAUCCUCUAGGGAGGGCUAAGGAUUUCCUGACUGAUAAAACCUGAGCUGCAAAGCCGCCUCCCAUCCAGCCUUGGGCAAGUCUCUGCCAAGCUGGGACUUCACACUACACUGGCCAGCCAUUGACUUCCCUGAUGGAAAAACCACAACCAAGUCCUCGCUGGGGCUGGUCUGCCAAACACAGAAGACAGAGGGAAGGGGAGGGGGCUGUCUUGGGGUCAGAAGUGAGCAGGUUUUCCAGGGGAGAAGGAAGAUUGAGAAGAGGGGUAUGGAUGCUGGCUCACACCUAUAAUCCCAACACUUAGGGAAGCCAAGGCGGGAGGAACACUUGUGGCCAGGAGUUCGAGACCAGUCUGGACAACAUAGCGAGACUUCGUCUGAACAAAAAAAAAUUAUAGUUUAAAAAUUAGCUGGGUGUGGUGGCGCGUGCCUGAAGUCCCAGGUAUUCACAAGGCUGAGGCAGGAGGAUCGCUUAAGCCCAGGAGGUCGAGGCUGCAGCAAACUAUGAUCCUGCAACUGCACUCCAACCCAAGUGACAGAGCAAGACCUUAAAAGACAAAAAAACAAAAAACGGCAGAAAGAUGAGAAGCCGUUCCAUUUGCAUAGGCAGUUGAAGUAUCUAGGCAGAGGCCACCAAGGCUGACUGGAUAUCAGGCAGGGGAUGAGGCUGGACAGCCUGCAACGCCUGCAACUCCAGGUUGCGGAAAUCGUGUUUGUAGUACCUCAGUCGAAUGGAGAUUGAGCGCCCCCUGGGAGCAGUGCUAGGUAACAGACGCUGGAGGACCCCGAUGAGGAGGGGCGGGGGUCGGUUCAAUCUGGCAGGAGCCUGCAGGUCAGUUUUCUUCUCACAGGAGCUAAUUCUGUCCGGCAUCAUGGAUUCCUGGGCUCCCAGAACGGCUGGGCAGGAAGGGACCUUAGAAAGGGAUCUACCACCGCGUGCCCCGUGCCAGAGUUGGGCACUUUGGUGACAAGAACAUUGGCUUGUUUAACACUCCCAACUGUGCUUCGAGGUCAUUAUCCCCAUUGUCCCCAUUUUGCAGAUGAGAAAAAGCAAGGUUUGGUGGCUUCCCGGGGCGGGGCGGGGAUUCGCUGUGACUCCAGGUCCUUUACCCCGGAGCCCGCACGUCUUGUAAGACACUGAUUCCCGGAGGUCUGAGGAGCAGGAAUCGAGUGGGAGGCGCCCAGGCUUUCUAGGGAACAAGAGUGUGAAUGCACUCUCGACGAGAACCACGCCCCCCUGGUCGACAAGACUGAUUCCUGCUGCCUUCCUUUAAGGGCCCUCCCCUGAAACGCGAGGUCCUCGCCCCAUGGGGAGGCGGACAUUCUUUAUUCCCGGAUCGCCCGACGUUUUUCUCCCCCACCCGCACUGAUCCCCACUGGUGACAUAAAUCCUUCCCCUCCACUCGCGAGUGAAAGCUUGGGACUACAUUUCCCGCCAGGCUGUUCAGAAGCCGGCAGCGGGGAGAGGAGAAAAGAGUCUUUCCGUUUCCGUCGCCUCGCAAUUUGGCGUGUCCGCCGGGAUUCACAUUUCAACAGCGACGUCCUUUCUCUGUUGCGCUCGGCAAGGAACUACAUUUCCCAGCAGGCACCGGCGCAGAGGUCGAGGGGCGAGGUCGCCAUCUUUAUCGUAGUCCUCUCCCUCACUUCCGCAGGGAAGAGGCCAGGCGCCUGGACUACACAUCCCAUGUCGCCGUCGCCCCGGCCCUGCAGCCGCCAUCUUUGCCGGUGGCCCCGCCCCGUCCCCUUCCAUUGUCUCGACUGGAGAUGAUAGACGGGAGCCGGGAGACUGCAACUCCCGUCAGGCCGUGCGCCACUGGUGGGGGGGAUUUCGAGACCACAGGCGGGCGAGGUGCCCAAGGUGGUGGAAAGCGGAGACCGGGAGAGGCUAAGUGGCCUGCCAUCUUUACGGUAGUCUCCUCGUCCUCCUGGUUCCGCCAUUCUUAAGGAACACUAGAAGGCUAGAAAACUACUAAUCCCAUCGCACCUCGUAAGAUCGACUACUAGUCAGGUGUAUGUCCCUCUUCCGCCAUCUUGCUUGUAGUCCUCGUUCCUUUUCACCUUUCCAUUGUUCCUGACGAGUAGAAAUGGCAGCGGGAAGGCAGCAGAUGGACUGCGACUCCCGUCAGGUACCACACACGCGGAGGGUUGUGGACAGGAGGGCGUGUGAGUGCCUGGGAAGGAGGUCGGGUCGGGGGAGAAGGCCAUCUUGUUUGUAGUCAUCGUUCCCGCUCCUUCUCGAUGUUCUGCAACUGGGAGCCUCGGGGCAACGGGACUCUAACUCCCGGCAUCCUCGGCUCCCGGCUGGGCACGCCCUCCGCCAUCCUGUUUGUAGUUCCCGCUGCCCCCAGCGUCCUAUUGUUCCCCCGUAGCAUCAGUGGCCGCAGGACUACAACUCCCGUCGAGCCCUGCGUGCGUUCGUCCUGGAAAGUGGAGGUGGUGGAGGAAGGAGGGGGAAGGGGGCGGGGUUCCUCUGGGAGAAGGAGGGAGUAAAGAGGGGGAGGAGGAGGAGGAGGAGGAGAGGAGGAGGGAGGGGAGGGGGGAAGAGAGGAGGAAGGAGGAAGGAGCUGAGGAGGGAUGAGAGAAGCGGCCAGGGCCCCGGGCCGUAGCAGCGCGGGGCUGGGGGACCAGGGGGGCUGAGACACCCCAACUGCCCCCUUCCCCUUUCCCUCUCCCCCUCUAUCCUUUCCUUCCACCCUCCCGCUUGAGAAGGGGAAUUUAUUCAAAUUUUAUUUAAAUCCCUAUCUCCCGAGGGUCGCGCGCUGGGGGGAGGGGGAGAGGUCGGGGGUGCGCGCGGGCUGGGGGGGCGGGGCCGGAGCAGCUUCCUUCACCCCCCCUCCGCUCGCCUCGUAGCUGUAGGGCAGGGGGUCGCAGUCCAGGGGCGGGCCCAGGGGAGGGGGGCAGGUUACAGCGACCCCCCCCUCCCCGGGAACCGGCGGUGGGCGGGGCUUGAACCCCGGAAACGGUGGGGGGGGCUCAGGCCUGGCCCUGGACCCCUGGGCAGUGGGGUCCGGGAAGGGGCCAGUUAAAGGGCCAGGGGCGCUGGGGAGAGGCGGGGCGGGGUGGGGGGAGGGGAGCUGGGACUCGGACCCGGGACUGAGUGGGCCCCGGGCAGAAGCUGAGCACCCUGCGCCCAAGGAGCCCCCGUUGGCCUGGGGGGGCUGAGGGACUGAGCCCCCCAGAGCAGGACCUCCCCCUGGAAGGGCCGCGCCGCAGCCCGUGGGAGGGCCUCGCCCCCGGCGCCCCCCAUCUCCACUCGCCGCCGUCCCGGCCUCCGCCGGAGGGAGGGGCCGAGCGCCCUCGGGAGGCCGUGGACCCCGGCGUUCUGAGCGUUCCGCGCCCCGCGCCGCCCGGCCCCCCCGCCGCCGAUGGCCGCCGACCCGCCGGGAGCUGCCGAGAAGGGAGAGAUGGCUCCCGGGACACGUGUGAGCCCUCGGCGUUGCUGACGCCCCCAAUGUCGUCGAGCAGCCGAGGGCCGGGGGCCGGAGCGCGCCGACGCCGAACCCGCUGCCGCCGCUGCCGGGCCUGUGUGCGAACUGAGUGCGGGGAUUGCCACUUCUGCCGAGACAUGAAGAAGUUCGGGGGGCCCGGGCGCAUGAAGCAGUCGUGCCUGCUCCGGCAGUGCACUGCCCCCGUGCUCCCACACACAGCUGUGUGCCUCUUGUGUGGGGAGGCUGGGAAGGAGGACACGGUGGAGGGAGAGGAAGAGAAAUUUGGUUUGAGUCUCAUGGAGUGUACAAUCUGCAACGAGAUCGUCCACCCCGGCUGCCUGAAGAUGGGGAAGGCUGAGGGUGUCAUCAAUGCAGAGAUCCCCAACUGCUGGGAGUGCCCUCGCUGCACCCAGGAAGGCCGCACCAGCAAGGAUUCAGGUGAGGGGCCUGGCCGCCGUAGGGCCGACAACGGUGAGGAGGGCGCCAGCUUGGGGAGCGGAUGGAAGCUGACAGAGGAGCCACCACUUCCACCGCCCCCGCCCAGGCGCAAGGGCCCCCUGCCUGCCGGGCCCCCCCCAGAGGACGUGCCUGGGCCGCCCAAACGAAAGGAAAGGGAGGCAGGGAAUGAGCCUCCCACCCCAAGGAAAAAGGUGAAAGGAGGCCGAGAGAGGCACCUGAAGAAGGUGGGUGGAGACGCCUGCCUCCUCCGAGGAUCGGACCCAGGCGGCCCGGGCCUGCUGCCCCCCAGGGUUCUGAAUCCGAGCCAGGCUUUCUCAUCCUGCCACCCUGGGCUCCCUCCCGAGAACUGGGAGAAACCAAAGCCGCCUUUGGCCUCUGCAGAGGGCCCAGCGGUGCCGUCCCCAUCCCCGCAGAGGGAGAAGCUAGAGCGUUUCAAGCGGAUGUGCCAGCUGCUGGAACGGGUGCCUGACACCUCCUCUUCCUCCUCGGACUCAGACUCCGACUCCGACUCUUCGGGCACAUCGCUGAGUGAGGACGAAGCCCCCGGCGAGGCCCGGAAUGGGCGACGGCCAACCCGGGGCAGCUCUGGCGAGAAGGAGAACCGUGGGGGGCGGCGGGCUGUGCGCCCUGGCAGCGGGGGGCCCCUGCUCAGCUGGCCCCUGGGCCCAGCCCCACCACCCCGGCCUCCACAGCUGGAGCGGCAUGUGGUGCGGCCCCCGCCUCGAAGCCCUGAGCCCGACACACUCCCCUUGGCUGCUGGAUCCGACCACCCCCUGCCCCGGGCCGCCUGGCUUCGCGUCUUCCAGCACCUCGGGCCGCGGGAGCUGUGUAUCUGCAUGCGAGUCUGCCGAACUUGGAGCCGCUGGUGCUAUGACAAGCGUCUGUGGCCUCGAAUGGACCUGAGCCGGCGGAAGUCACUGACCCCGCCCAUGCUCAGUGGUGUGGUUCGCCGCCAGCCCCGUGCCCUGGACCUCAGCUGGACAGGUGUCUCCAAGAAGCAGCUCAUGUGGCUUCUGAACCGACUACAAGGCCUGCAGGAGCUGGUGCUCUCUGGCUGCUCCUGGCUCUCUGUCUCUGCCCUGGGCUCAGCCCCACUGCCAGCCCUGCGGCUCCUGGACCUCCGCUGGAUCGAGGAUGUUAAAGACUCCCAGCUCCGGGAGCUGCUGCUGCCUCCACCAGACACCAAACCAGGGCAAACAGAGAGCCGUGGUCGGCUGCAGGGGGUGGCAGAACUUCGCCUGGCAGGUCUGGAGCUGACAGAUGCCUCCCUGCGGCUCCUGUUGCGCCACGCACCCCAGCUGAGCGCCCUGGACCUGAGCCACUGCGCCCACGUCGGGGACCCCAGUGUUCACCUCCUCACGGCCCCCACGUCCCCACUCCGCGAGACCCUGGUGCACCUCAAUCUUGCUGGUUGCCAUCGCCUAACGGACCACUGCCUCCCGCUGUUCCGCCGCUGCCCUCGUCUACGCCGCCUAGACCUGCGCUCCUGCCGCCAGCUCUCACCCGAAGCUUGUGCCCGGCUGGCAGCUGCCGGGCCCCCUGGCCCCUUCCGCUGCCCUGAGGAGAAGCUGCUUCUCAAGGACAGCUAGUUGGGCGCCCCCCACCCUCCCCCGGACUCGACAGGAGCCUGGACCUCCGGCUUCAUUUCACCCCUGCUGGGAGGCCAGGUUCCCACCUCACCACCCUAGGAUUCCUGAGUGUCAGUGACUUGGGAUUCCCACCCAGGGACUCAAGCCAGCCACCCCCUUCUUUCCCCCCUGCACUGAUAUCUCUGGGGGUUUCUCCUUCCCAUGUCCUCCCCCUGCUACCUGCUUCAUUGUCCAUCCCCUGGGGGGAGUGGGUCAGAGGUACUGGAGGGUGCUGAGCCGAAGGGACGGUGGGAGGGGGGUUAUGUUGCAAGUGUUUGGGGGGGAGAAUGGGGAAAGGACACGCAC